AUGGAUAAAACUUUCGCGUUGUUUUUUCUCACUGUGGUUGUUAUUGUUUGUUCCGUAUUGGAAUGUUUUGCAUUGGAAGGACCAAAUGUUUGCACGAGACAAGAAGAGUAUACCGUCGUGGUACGAGUACCGAAAAAAAAAAUGGUUCAAACUCGUUACUACGGAUGGUGUUUAGCGGUUCCACCAAAAUGUACCAAAUAUAGAAUGGAAGUGAAAACGGUUUACGAAAAUGAAACGAUAACAAAAACGAGGCCGGUAGAAGAUUGUUGCAAAGGUUACACAAAAAGCAAUUUGGAAGACAUAUGCAUACCUGUUUGUUCUAAUAAUUGUCUUCACGGUACUUGCGUUGCUCCGGAAAAAUGCAAAUGCGAACAGGGUUACGGAGGACCCACGUGUAGCGUCAGUUGUCCCGAAAACAAAUGGGGACCCCAGUGCGAAAAUAAUUGUCUUUGCAGUGCAAACGGAUUUUGUGAUCCGUUCGAUGGAAAAUGCAUUUGCAAAAGCGGGUACCGCGGUACUCAUUGUUCUCUAGAAUGCCCACCCAAUUAUUACGGAGAAGAUUGCGCCGAAAAAUGUCAGUGUUUAAACGGUGGAAAAUGCGAUCACGUAUCAGGGGAAUGUCACUGUCCAUCGGGAUGGAUGGGACCUUUAUGCGAAGAUCCAUGUCCGAACGGUAAACACGGUGAAGAAUGCGGGUCCGAAUGCAGAUGUCAAAAUGGUGGAACAUGUGAUUCGUCAACUGGAAAGUGUUAUUGCACUCCCGGAUGGACGGGUCCCGUUUGCGGCAAUAGAUGUCCUUCGGGUAUGUGGGGCGUUAAUUGUAAUCAGUCAUGUGAUUGUUUUAACAAGGGAGAAUGCGAUCACGUAAAUGGUAAAUGCACUUGUAAACCAGGAUACAGAGGGGAAAAGUGCACGGAUUAUUGCGAAAAAGGUUUUUACGGAGAAAAUUGUACAUCGGAGUGUACGUGCUUGAACGAUGCCUCUUGCGAUCCAGUUACAGGAGAAUGUAAAUGCAAACCGGGAUGGAUUGGUAAAAAUUGCGCACAACAAGCUUGUCCCACGGGAUACUACGGAGAAAAUUGUAAAAACAUAUGCGAUUGCGAAACUGAAAAUACCGAACUGUGUCAUCCUGCGACGGGAGCAUGCAAAUGUAAACCUGGUUGGGAUGGCGUCGUUUGUUCCCGACCGUGUCCAUUUCUCAGAUACGGUCCUGGAUGCAGUAAAAAAUGUAAUUGUUUAAACGAAGCUUCGUGUUCUCCGAUCGAUGGAACGUGCAUGUGCGCUCCCGGAUAUAGAGGAAAUGAUUGUAGCGAAUUGUGUCCAAACGGUACAUUUGGAGAAAAUUGCGCUCAAAAUUGUUUUUGUAAAAACAACGCGGAAUGUUCAUCCGAAACGGGAAGAUGUAACUGCACUCCGGGUUGGAUGGGUUUGCAGUGCGAUCGACCUUGUAAUGGAACGUACUACGGCCCUGAAUGUUCUUUACCUUGCAAAUGUCAAAACAAUGGAUUGUGUGAUCCGGUCACGGGAAAAUGUAAAUGUUUGUCGGGGUUCAAGGGUCAAUUUUGCGAACAACGUUGCGCUAAUUGGAAAUACGGUAGAAAUUGCACUUUGGAUUGCAGUUGCAGAAAAGAAAACAGCAUCGGAUGCGAUUCCGAAAGCGGACAAUGCAUAUGCAAGAAUCAAUAUAAAGGUAUUCAAUGCGAAACUCAAUGUCCGAACGGUAAAUGGGGUGAAGAUUGCAGUAACGAAUGCGUUUGUUUAAAUAAUUCAUCUUGCGAUCCCGUGACGGGGGCUUGCAUUUGUGCGAGAGGAUGGACCGGGGAUUCGUGUGACGAACCUUGCAGGCCUGGAUUUUUCGGAGAAGGUUGCAAAGAAAGAUGUUCUCAUUUGGUCGGAUUCAACGAAGAUGGAAUUUGCGAUCACGUAACGGGAAGUUUCAAAUGUCGACCGGGAUUUACGGGUAGCAGAUGUCAAAAUCCGUGUCCCGUCGGAACUUACGGCGAUGAAUGCAAGUUAAAAUGUUCUUGUAAAAACUACGCGGAUUGUCAUCACGUGACCGGAGAAUGUCGAUGCAGGCCAGGUUGGACCGGGCCGACGUGUGCAAACGCAUGUCCCAACGGUUUUUACGGCGUCGGAUGCAUUCAACCGUGUACGUGUUUCAACGGAGGAACGUGUAGGCCCAUAGAUGGAUUGUGCAGGUGCAAAGCGGGAUGGACGGGUCCUCAGUGUAAAGAAAUUUGUCCCGAAGGUUACUUCGGCGAUCAUUGCAUGGAACCAUGCGAGUGUCCAAAUGAAAAUUUUAUAUGUCACGCAGCAAAGGGUUGCGUUUGCCGUCGUAAUUUCGGCGGAGAACUUUGUGAUAUCGAACUCACAUCAAAAAUCAUAGGUGAAAAGUCAGAAAGCGGAGGUGGCGGUAGCGGUUUAAUCGCAGCUGGAAUUGUCGUAGCAUUAAUACCGGUUGUUAUUAUUAUAUUAAUAAUACAUUAUUAUAGAAGACGGGAAAAAAAUUUAAAGACUGAAAUAGCUCACGUGCAAUAUAUAGCGGAUCCAUCAUCGCAACCAGAUCAACAUCAUUUUGAUAAUCCAGUUUACUCGUUCAAUUCUUAUCAAAAAGAUGAUGGUCUUCAGCCUUUGAACAACGUUCAGAAAAUUCAAGUUAAAAAUAAUUUGUCGAAGAAAACAAAUUUGGAAAAGCAAAAAUUAAGCGAAGAAGAAAUGUCACUCAGCGGAGCUUUUAACGUACAUUUCGAACAUCCGGCAUCGUUGAAAAAUCGCGAAGCCGACAUGAACAAUCCGAAUUUUUAUCAAUCGAUCGACGAAUUCGAUGAGAAAAAAAUCGAUCAUUUAUACGAUGAGAUAAAACAAAAAGAAGGUUUUAAUCCGGAAUUAGAAUACGAUCACCUUGAUUACAGCAGGCCGGGAAGUUCGUGGAAACCAAAUUAUCAAAGGAUGCCGAAUCCAUUUUUAAAAGAAUCAAAUACGACGACAGAUUCGAACGCCGACAGCAAUUCAUCAAAUAUUUCAAAUUCAAAUAUUAAUAUUAAUAAUAAUAGUAACAGCAACAGCAAUUCAAAUUCUGAAAGAAGUUGA